UGAUCAGUCAACAUUUGGGAGCAGAUGUGGUUGCAGCGAGCUGCUUCGAGCCUUCGACGACGACCUUCUCAUAACGUUAUACUCAUGAAGGAGCUUAGUACAGUCACAACGAUCGACCAAGAGGCCACGCGAUUGUCCUUUGCAGAUAUCAUCGGCGACGAGAGUCUGCGAGGCCGAUGGAUGAGCCAAGGACCCAUUCUGGAGCGCAUGGACAUGCUUGGCGCAGCUAUUGCGUGCAAGGCCACGCAAGGCGGGUGUGCGACUGUGAGUUUUGACCAAGUCGAGUCUCACGUGCCCGUGUACCACGGCGACUUGUUUCAACUCGAAGGGCAAAUCCUCAACAUCAACAACACGUCCACGUCCAUCCAUAUCUCGGGGUACCGCGUUGAUAUGCUCACGGGCACCACAACGCACACCCACGAUGCAAUCCUAACCUUUGUGGCCAUCGACAAGAACGGCCGGCCGCGCUCGGGGUUGCCAAAGCUCGUGUCGCCGUUGAAUCCGACGUUCGUUCCAUUCAUGGCGAACAAAGCUGCGCAGCGAAAGGAAUUGGGCGCGCGAUGGCGCAAGAUCCAGGAAGAGGUGGACGCAAUGGAGUACAUUCGCAAGGACAUGCUGGAUGUGAACCCGCUGAAUGCCUCCCGGACGACCUUCGUACCCGUCAAAGCCACGUUGGUCGAAGUCCAGAACCUGUUUUUGCCCAAGCACUUGAACAUGAACAACACGAUCUUUGGCGGCGAAAUUCUGCAAUGGAUGGACAAGGUGGCGGUGUUUUGUGCCCGUAAAUUCACGAAAAAUGUGCACAUGGCGACGAUUACGAUGAAUCGCAUCGUGUUCCAACUGCCCAUCACGACCAACGACGUCGUGAGCAUGAAGGCGCGCGUGGUCAUGGCGCGGCGGCAUACGCUCGAAGUGGAAGUGGAAGUGUUUAUCGAACGCCUGGGCUUGGCCGAGAAACGCAAGUCGCACACGGCGUACUUUACUGUGAUCAACCUCAACGCAAAACAACUCAAAGAUCCCAUCAAGACGGGGUUGUAUGUGGACGAAGGUGACCAGGAAAGCAUGCGCCUACUCGUCAAAGCGCAAAAGCGAUGGGCGUUCCAGGCCGAACAGAAUUCCGUCCAUGACGUGCCGCCACUCCCCAUGACGUCCAACUUGUAAGACGCUAGUAGCUCCAUGGAAGCAGCUAGAGUCCAAUGCCAUGUUGAUCUCUGUAAUUUGGAGCUGCACUUUCGUUUCACCAGGAAUGAAG